AGGUAAUGGACUUGGAUUUUGGAUUUUUUGUUGUUUAUUGUUGAUGUUGAUGUGUAGUCCUCCUUAGUACGACCUCCGAAGUUAUAUUAUACAAGUUUCUACGUGUGUUUAUAUCAUAAACAUUACUGGUGUCUCUAUCGCCUGCCGCCUUGUUUUCGUUUUGUUUAUGUGGAAGUGGAAACCUUUUACUAUUAGUUCUUAGUUGCGGUUAAUAGAAUUGACUUGGCUCGUUGGCUGGGGCUGGCAAUAAACUAGAGUCCUAACUCCAAAUAAUUUGGGUUCAUAACAUUAUCAUACUUUAAAAACAAGAAGCUUUCAAUUCCUUCAGAAUGUCUUGAGAUUUUUAGUUUAAUUUUGUUUCAUAAUGAUUUGAUUUGUUCUGAUGGCUUCACCAACAAGAUUGUCAGAUUUUGAAGAAGACUUAUUUGAGUCUGUAGAAAAUGAAGUAAUGGUGAAGAUGGAGGAGGAGGAAGAAAACACUAAGAAGUCUCGUCGUAAGCGCAAGCCGAAGAGAGACUUCAGCCCUGAUAUAGAAGGUGGUGAAGUAGAUAGUCAAGAAGCAUUUGAAGAAGAAGAGGAGAAGAAGCCGAAAAAGAGAGGUCGUAAAAAGAAGAAGAAAGAACCAGAAGUACCUGAUGAAGAGCUAACAGAUCUUCAGCACAUUUUUAGGGUGGUCGAGAGUCUCAUGACGGGUCCUAAUGCUCCACCAUUCCUGGACAAACCAGAUCACAAUAUAUAUGGAAUGUCAGACUACUUUGAGAUCAUCACAAAACCCAUGUGGCUAAGAGAAGUUGAGCGCAAGUACGGAGCGGAGGAGUACACCAGUCCGACGGAGAUAGCUGCUGAUGUUAGACUGAUGUUGGAGAACUGCUACCACUACUGGGGGCCCUGCGACACUCUGUCUAAGCGCGCGCUCAAGCUGGAGCAGGCGUUCGAGACCAAGCUGGCAGCCCUGCCUGAACAUGUGAAGCAACUGUGCACCCUGGAAGCAACUCACGGAGACAUAGUGAAAGAGGAACCAGACGAAACAUCACCAAAGACCAACAAGAAAGGUGGUUAUACGUCAAAACUGCUCAACUGGGUGGUGAAUGGCAAGAACCGCAGUGACGGCAGUAAAGACUCGGAGGCUCCACCUGUCUCACAAGAGAUGAUCAAGGCCAAGAGGGAGCUGCGGGCGGCCGCCGAGAGAGAACUGACCAUCUGGGAGACGGAGCAUAUGUUCACAGACGGUGCCAAGGAGCAGAUUGCAUCAAUGUGGGAGUUUCCAGUGAUCGGACAGUUCCUACACCUGGUGUACAACGUGCUCAACAUUGAUCCCAUAUCUCAUCUAGAGCUAGAGCGAAUGUUACUGAUACCUCAGGCCUCCAAGACACUGGCUACACUCAUCACCUCAAUGAUAAUCCCUCCGUUCUUCAGAGCCAAGCUAGAAGGUGGUCCUGCCAUGCCGUACUCUGUGUGGACCAGAAGACUUCACACAAAGUUGUGCAGUUGGUAUCGCAGCUACCAUAGCAAAGGAGACAACACCAUAGAGGUGUUUGACAGCCUCGGCAUCGAGCCUCAGUUCUGGCUCGUCAUGGGAGACGAGAAUCCUCUCAACAAUCACGAGUUUCAUGAACUCAACUUCUUGCAGAGAGUAUGGCUGCUGAAAGGCCUGUGUGACUUCUUGUUGCAUAAUCAUAAGACCAUACAAGAUCGCAUCAAUAAUCUCGAAACUGAAGAGUUGAGAGAAAUGAGGUUGGGAAAGGACCAAGAAGGGUAUACUUACCACUAUUUCCCCAAUUUCAAUGAAGUUCGGAUCUAUAAAAUGGCUAAAGUACCUGACACGAAGGUAAAUGAUCGUGAAAGUAACAUUAAGUGGAAGAAUUAUGAAGGUGGAGUGGAAGAAGCUCUCACCAUGUGUGCUGCGGAAGAUGAAGAAGAUAAUCCCCAGGAGUCUAACAUUAUCUCAGAAGGUGUGUUCAGAAGGCCUCUCCACAAGCCGCCUCGGUCCAUGCGACCCAACCACUCGGACUUCAAGCUGGUGUGUGAGUCGCUAGAGGAUAUCCGAAAAUUGGUCGAUCAGCUGAGUCAAGUCGACUCACAGACUUCCCAAGACGAGGGACCAAACGCCGCUCUGGUUAGAGCUCUUCAGAACAUCAUCACUGAUCUAGAGCCCAGGGAAGCCAAGAUGGAGCUGGCAGUGUUCAAGACACGCAAUAAGAUGAGGAACGAGUGGCUUGACCUUCAAAAUAGGAGUCCUAACUACGUGGAUCCUGGCAUUGCUUAUUGGGAACGAAAAGAAAAAGAAGAAAAAAGUGGAAUGAAUGAAGAAAAACUAGGAGCAAACUUGGGUAUGGACGUAGGGGUGCCUGGAACAUCUGCUGAUGGGCUAACGGAUGAUGGAAAACGUGAAAGGCGAACAAGAAGAGAAUCUUCUUUAAAACUUCUUUCUAAAGAAGAAAAUGGUAUGGAUGACGAGUCCCAAGAGGAAAGUCCCUUAGAUUUUGAUGAUGAUUCAGAAGAUGAAUGGUUUGCAAGUAAAAAAGACAAGGAAAUCAAAAAGAAGAAGGAGAAAAAACUCAUGUCGGCGAAGAAGAUGAAAAAGUUGGCUGAUAUAUCGGAUAAAAUGCAACAAUCAAAAGAUUCUGAUAAGCUAAAUCCACUAACUAGUACAAUUAAAAAUAACUACAACAACAAAGUAGGGUCCAGUAUAGAGCCAGUGAAAAUCAAAGAAGAACUCCCUGAUCCAGAUGAAACUUACAAUAAGUUACCCUCUAAAACUUUGGAACAGGCAAAUGUAGAUCAGACAAAAGAAAGUUUACCACCUAAAAAGCAGUUUAUAUCUGUCAAAAAAGAAUUCAUGGAAGGUUCUCAGCCAAAUGCCAUGACAGCCCCUGUUGUGUCAUCACAACACAGCGUCAUUCAGACCCUGGUACCUCCUGUCAAUGCGACAAACGUCAAAAUGGAGAAGGCUUCCAAGCCGAUUGCACCUGAUUUGUCGAAAGUAAAGCGUUCCAAUUCCCCUGAGGGCGAUGUAGUUUAUAUCAGUGACUCUGAAGACUCCCCAGACAUCAAACCCAGCCUCAAAUUGCUGAAUCAGCGGAAUAAUGUAGAAACAAUAAACUACGUAGUUCCUCAACAACAACCACCGAUGGGAAAUUAUAUACUUCCAGGCGCUCCUCCUAACCAAGGUCAGUUUGUACCAGUAAAUGUCGCUCAACCACAAGUCUACCAGCCAACCCAGCCUAUUGCUUAUCAGAUGCAAUCUCCUCAACAGAUGGUUCAGCAACCUGUUAUAAGACCGAAUCCCACCAUCGUUAGGCUCCAAGCUACCCCCACACGGCCCAAUAUUCCGCAAAACCAGAAAUUUGUGGUUUUACAACCGAAUUCUAACAACACCAAUCAGCCUAACCAGUUUGUCAACAAAGGACCAAGGGCUCAGAAUAAUUUCCCGACUACGCCUACGAUGCAGAAUGUGAACUGGUUCGGAGGACGGGGUGGGUCUCCUAGGAGUAACGCGACCUACUCUCCCAGACAGAGGGGACCGUUGGUCACGUCUCCCAUUCAAUCACCUAGAGGAAGAGGUUCGCCCAGAGGAUCUCCAGUCACUCCGCCUCGCGGUGGACCGAGGUUCUCAGGUAGAAGUCCGGCAACACCCAACUCCAUGAGAAUGCCAGCACAGGUGGGUCCUAGAAUUCCAUCGCCAUUGAGAGGUAGAGGACCCGUCGCAGCGGUCAGGCCGGGUCCAGUGAGGAAUCUCAACUUUAACAGAAGUCCAGCGAAACCUGUGAGCAAACCAGUGAACGAAUUCCCUCCUGAGAGUGACUCACCGGACAUAGAAGGCACUCUGGUGGUCAGUAUGACAGACACUGGUGGUUUCGGUUACGCCGUGAUGUUACCGGACGGUGGAAAAAUUAGUUUGACUCAAGAUCAGUUAGCGAAAAUAAGAUCCGACAAUGGAGGAACAUUGCCUAAAAGAUGUAAAGUUCCUCUCAACACUCCUUCAGAACUUGACUAGAUCAACUUUUAGGUUGUGUACAAAUUAUUUUAUAACAUUGACCCUUUGUGAUUGAAUGGUUCAUAUAGUAGAUAUAAAAGUAAGUGACUUCAUUAUAGCUUAGGAUAUUCAACGUGUGAGCAAGACACUGUCACUUUGGCUUCACAUCAUUGACAUAAAAACCAAGGUAAAUUUAAGGAAUUUUAAAGUUCAAAUUCAAAUUUUAACUUAAGGCAACAAAACUGUAUGGUUACGAGUCAGAAUCCUUUGGAAAUAAUAAUCUCAAUUUGCCUAUCACUUAAAAACAAAAAUGCACUGUGCUAAAGUCUUGAUAUACUUGAGUACUAUACACAUUUUUUUCUGAAAUGUACCUAUUUCAGAACCAUUUUUUCCUGUUAGAAUACUUAUUGUAGAAAAUGGUGUUAAAAUUGUAAUUCAGUCAUUUGUGUUAAACUGUACAAAAUUACCAGUAGUAAUUAAAUGUAUAUUGGUCAUUGAUAAAUGGCUGAUUCUACCAUCUCUACAGCAAAAAGAAAAUGUAUGAUAACCCGAUUCAGGGAAAAUCACUUGAUUUCCCUUCAUAAAAAUAUCUAACAGUGAUACUUUACAGUUUCCUACAAAUAAACAUCUAACAAUUUUUUUAACUAAAGCAUUCAAGCAACUAUUUAUAAGCAUGAAGCAUUCUACCACAAAGGGUAUAUUUAUGAUUUGUACAUAUCUGUAUUUAAAAUAGAUUGUGAAUUUUACAUGUUAUAAAGUUAAGGAAAAACUAUUUUUAUAUUCAGUUAUAAAAUUAAAUUUUGUUUUAAUUUUAAGUAAAAUAAUGUUAAUAUGUAUGUACAUUUGUAAAUCUAAAAUAAUGAUAUUAUUAAAAAUUACUAUAUUUUUCUCUUUAAGUUUUAGCUAACCACCAAACUAAAACAAGGAUCUGUAAAAUCUUCCAAAUGUUUUUGGAAACCUUCCAAUUGAUAUGAAUGGAGUAGUAUUUUAUACCUUAACAAAAGGUUCAUUAGCAAAGAUAGAAUUUUGAUUGAUUGAUAUGACCAUGGAUUAUUAAUAAAUCAUGAACCUACUGGUAAAAGGUAGGCUGUUAAGUAGAUAACCAUACACUAAACUCACAGGAUCUCAUUAUAUUUUAUUGUUUUCUUUGUAAAUUUGUUUACAGAAACGUGCAAUAUCAGUUAGUAUCAAAGUCUAUCUAGUUUUUUUUUUGUCUGAGAGUUUUUUUUUACACAUUUUGAUUUUAAUUCUCUAUGAAAAUUAAUUGUAUUGUUUGUAGAACACAAUUUUAUGUGUUGUAUUUUUCAUUUGCGAAAUAGUGUUUAGCUUGUAAAUAUUUGUAACAAUGUUUCAAUUGUGAAAGUUUUUGCAUUUUAAGAAUUUCUUACUAUUGUUUCGUAGUGAUUGUCCAAUUUUAGUAUUGUUAUCACAGAUAUGUUUGUUUUAUAAAUAUAAAAAAUGA